CUCCCUUCGCUUUCUCCUAUCCACCAUGGUCCUCUCGAAACACCUCAAUGCAAGCAACCUCGUCAAACAGGCGCAGGACCAUCCCAGCCACAAAAUCGUGCACAGCUCGACGGGACAUGAAGCCACUUACCCAUACGGCGCUCGCUAUGGUGUGCAGCCCAUCCCGAAGUACAAGUUACCCUCUAAGGGCACCGACGCAGAGUCCGCGUACCAGCUCAUUCACGAUGAGCUCGCGCUCGACGGAAACCCCGGUCUAAAUCUUGCAUCUUUCGUGCACACUUGGAUGCCCCCCCAGGCUGACAAGCUUAUGAUGGAGAAUAUCUCCAAGAACCUCAUUGACCAAGACGAGUAUCCUAUGACUCAGGUUUUGCACACCCGCUGCGUCUCAACUCUCGCCGAUCUGUGGCACGCCCCCCACGCCCAGCAGGCCAUCGGCACCGCCACUACUGGCUCCUCAGAGGCCAUCCAGCUCGGUGGUCUUGCCAUGAAACGCCGCUGGCAGGAGAAGCGCAAGGCCGCUGGCAAAUCCAUUCACGAGCCCGGCCCCAACAUCGUCAUGGGUGCCAAUGCUCAGGUCGCCCUUGAAAAGUUCGCUCGUUACUUCGACGUCGAGACCCGUCUCGUCCCCAUCUCGGAGGAGCGUAAGUACUGCCUGGACCCCAAGAAGGCCAUGGAGUAUGUUGAUGAGAACACUAUCGGCGUGUAUGUGAUCCUCGGCAGCACCUACACUGGCCAUUAUGAGCCUGUCAAAGAAAUGGCAGCUCAUCUUGACGAGUACGAGGCUCGGACGGGCCACUCGGUCCCCAUCCAUGUUGAUGGCGCGUCCGGUGGCUUCGUUGCGCCGUUCGCGACGCCCAAGCUCGAGUGGGAUUUCCGCAUUCCACGUGUCGUCUCGAUAAACACGUCGGGGCACAAGUUCGGUCUAUCGUACGUUGGCGUCGGCUGGGUCGUCUGGCGCUCGAAGGAAUUCCUGCCUAAGGGCCUGAUUUUCGAGCUGCACUACCUUGGUUCUGUCGAGUAUUCGUUCUCGCUCAACUUCUCGCGGCCCGCGCACCCUAUCAUCGCGCAAUACUUCAACUUUAUACACCUCGGAUUUGAGGGUUACCGCCAGGUCGCCCUCGCGGACCUCAAGAAUGCACGCCUACUGAGCCGCGCGCUCGAGAACAGUGGCUUGUUCACUGUACUGAGCGACAUCCAUCGGCCUGCCAAGGGACUGCUGAGUAGUGCAAAGCAGACCGUCGCGUUCGACGAGGAAAAUGUUGAGAACUAUGUACCCGGCCUGCCUGUCGUCUCCUUCCGCUUCUCGGACGAGUUCCGGCAGAAGAACCCGGACGUUGAACAGCGCUGGGUGCAAACGCUGUUGCGCGCGAAGGGAUGGAUUGUGCCCAACUACGAGCUCGCGCCGGACAUGCAGGACGUGCAGAUCCUGCGUGUUGUCGUACGCGAGAGCACAAGCGCCGUCAUGAUUGAUCGUCUCGUAUCGGAUAUCCUCGAGGUUACAGAGGGCCUUGCGAAGGCGGACUCGCCGAUGCAAGCGCUGAACAACCUUCAGUCGCGCAACACCGUCGAGGGGCACCAUGGGAAGCUCGAUGAGGGCUCGGGUAGCAAGUCUAGCGGCACAUACGCGAAGCAGUGCUAAGUCCAUAGCACAGUCACAGGGUUCAUCGUGUAAUCAACAAAAGACUGACGGACGGUUAUGCCGUGUAAAACAAAAAUGUAAGAUAACGGGGCCUCGCGAUGUUGUAUGACUAUUGUAGCUGUUGUGAUC